GAAUGCAGCAGCAAUGGAGACUGAAGAUGCAGUGGAGAAUGCAGCAGCAAUUGAAGCAGUGGAGAAUGCAGCAGCAAAUGAAGCAUCUUGCUCUAGGGAGAAAAGGCCAAGAGAUGAAGAAGCAGAAGAUUUUGAAACCAUGGCCUUUGAUGGUUUUGAAGCUAUAAGAGAGGAAGAGGAGGGGGUAAUUUUUCCAACUGUGCCUUUAAAGAUUAUUGAACCCAUAGAUGACCGUCAAAUGGUCGUCAAGUGCUCGGCGAGUGGAACUACUCCAUCAACACCUCCACGGGGAAAACCCCAAGUAAAGCCCAAGAUCAAAAGGAACAAGAGUCUGAAAGAAAAGAGCAUCUCAACUAGGGAAACCAGGAGCAAGACGGUGAAGCCAGCUGCAAACACAAGGAGCAAGUCGAAAAUUUGAAUUAAGUUGUUGGGAAAUGUUUGUGUUGUCAAUUUGAGGGCGAGUCGAUCGCUUAAAACUUGGUAGAUUUGUAUUAAGAUGUUGGCAUCUUAAAACUUGGUAUAUUUGAGCUACUGUGAAAACUUAUCAGUUGUAAUAAGGGAUCCCUUGUAAUAAUGUUGCUUCUACUUUGGUUUCUUAUUUGUGUCAGAAUUCAAAUUUCCAUCAAAAUUUGAAUUUAAAUCAAUAUUUUAAUUUGGGCCAAAAUUUGGAUUCGAGCCAAAGUUGAAGUUGAACAUUGGAGGUUCAUUGCUCUGUGUGGUGUAUUUGAUCGAGCAUUUGAAGCCCAAUAUUCGUAGGUGAACAGUCCGAAUGAGAAAUGUGCUAGAAACAAGCUCGAAAGCUAGGGUAAACAACCCUAUUUGAAAUCAAG